AGCUGCACUGAAUUUCAUUCAAAAUGGAUGACUUUAUAGCGACCGCCGCGUCUCACGCUGACGUAUCCGCUUCGUUUCAAGAGCAGUGGAUCCGCGCUUCGACCUCUUGAUUCUCGUUUAGAAGCAGUUUGACUGCUCCUGUCGCUUCAAAGAACAAGUGCGAAUACCUAUGCUAAAUUUCCUCCCUGUUUUAAAAGUUUAACUACUUAAUUGUGGAUAUGUUUUAGUUUAUGUCUCGUCUUACAACUUAAAUUUUAUAUGAUGGUUUCCCUACGCUCCAUCAGGUGAUUGUGAUGAUCAAGCUAACUUCUGGGUAAGGAGAACUCAGGGUUGUGUCGGAGACCCCUAGCACCGACAGCAAAGUCAUGGUUCCUGGUGUCCGCUCGUGGAUGUUGUUAGCUGCUAUCGUGCCUCACCUCCAGCUGCAACAAUGAGAAUUUACUGGAAGAAGACCUCCACUGCAGCAGUGCUUUUUUUGGCAUGUGCCAUCUUCUUUAUUACAAUCAGCCAUGAUGGCACCAAGACCAGUGACCUGCACCUGUCUGCUAGGGAGAUCAUCUGGCAGCAGAUGAACUCAGAAAGGAGCGUGCAGAUUCUCAGAGGCCUGCAGAACGACUCUGUGCCGUUCAACGUGUCCUACAGCGUCCUGGCGGGCCUUCAGAUGCAGACCCGGAAAUACCUCACAGUGGGUCUGUCCUCCAUCAAGAGAAAGCGAGGCAGUUACCUCCUGGACACACUCCAGUCCAUUUUCUCACAGUCAUCGGAGGAGGAGCUGAAGCAGAUGGUGGUGGUGGUGCUCCUGGCUGACUUCGACAUGGAGUGGAAGAGGCAGAUGGUGAGCGACAUCUUGGGCAGGUUCCCCCUCCCCAUUCUCAGGGGUCAGCUGCUGGUCAUCCACGCACCCCAGGAGCACUACCCGCCCCUGGAGGGCCUGAAGAGGAACUUCAAUGACAAGCCGGACCGUGUCUACUUCCGCUCCAAGCAGAACAUCGACUAUGCCUUCCUCUUCAGCUUCUGCGCCAACCUGUCGGACUACUACAUCAUGUUGGAGGACGAUGUCGCCUGCGCCAAGAACUUUCUCACUGCCAUGAAAAGGUUCAUCCAGGGGAGGGGCCAGUCCUACUGGGUGACCCUGGAGUUCUCCAAACUGGGUUACAUCGGCAAGCUGUAUCACUCCAGCGAUCUGCCUCGGCUGGCCUACUUCCUCUUCCUGUUCUACCAGGAAAUGCCCUGCGAUUGGCUGCUGACCCAUUUCAACGCUCUCCUUGCUCAGAAGGAUGUCAUUCGCUGCAAGCCCUCUCUGUUCCAGCACAUGGGCCUGUACUCGUCCUUCCAGGGCACGGUCAACCGCUUGAAGGACGAGGAUUUCGAGGAGGAUCCGACCGACAUGGCCGACAGCCCUCCCGCUGACGUCUUCACCGACAUUGCGCCCUUUGAGAAGUAUACGCCGAGCAAGGCCUACGGUGCCACCGAAGGCUACUUCUGGGGGAAGAGCCCUUCUGCUGGCAGCCAUUUCACCAUUGUGCUUCACAAGCCGGCCAUCUUCAGACGUGUCUCCAUCCGGACUGGCUCUCAGGACAGAAGGAAAGACAUGCUGGAGUCUGCAGAGGUGGAGGUGGGGCAUAAGCUUGAGCAGACCACUCAGGAGCCCAAAUGCUCAGAGUACUUUAAACUCGGACCUCUAAUCGAAGGACAGUUUGACAGGAAUAACAUUCAGGAGGGUAUCAGCUCUACUCUGUCAUGCCUGAGAAUUAAAGUAACAAAAAGCCAGCAGGCUUGGGUCAUUAUUGAAACAAUAAAGAUUUGGACCUUGAAUGAAAAUGAGAGUCUGCCUCAAGGACCUCAGGUCAAUACCUAAAGCAAGAAAUUCCCAAGUGCUUUUAUACUGUACAUGAUUAACAAAUUAUGUCCAAAUAGACGGCCAGCAUGUUUACCACUGUUGAAAUAUUCAUACUCUUUUUUUGUAUUGUUGGAAAUUAAUUUAUUAUUUGGUUUUUAUCUAAGAGGGCCAAGAAUGGUUUGUUUUUAAUAUUUUUAUUGGUAUCAAUUGUUCUAUGUUGUUCUAACAUCUAUUAUCAUAAUUGUUCACAUCAGCACACCCUAAAAGCAUUUUUAUUACGAGCUAAAAGAAACAGCCUAGCUUGUCUAAAGAAGUUCUAUUGUGUAGCAGUAUAUGGUUUCAAAUUAUUUUCAGAGUAACUUUAAUGUAGAUAAAAGGCACAUGCACUUUAAAGUAUUUUAUUAUGGCGGAUAAACUAGAGUACCCUCUAUAGAAGAUGUUAGUAAAGCAUUCGCUUGAGGCUUAUAAUGACAGUAAGCUGUAGGACUGUCUUUGCUUUGACAUUAGUGGUUAAAAAGUAAUGAUGAAACUGAAGCUUUGACUUCAGAAAUGCAUGGCAUACAUGAUCAGUUUGUCACACAUAAUGAUAUAACACACGUUACUCUCAUUUAGGCUCAGGUCUUGAACUAUAUACUGAGACUCAAGAUACGUUGAAAUGUUUGCAGUCUCAUUGUUUUUGUGUGAUCUUUCCAAAAAUCAGCUUUUAAAGCUUCUGUGAAAAUGGGUGAUUUUACAACAGGGUUGUUUUUAAGGAAUUUCAGUUCUAGUCAAGAUACUUUGUGUCUCAACUAAACCCCAGAGUCAGAAGGUUAGAAGGUCAGAAGCAGGUUAAACCCGUGUUUAAGCAUUGUGAUGACUAGAUGUAAGGUUUUUUGUUUGGUUGGUUUUCUUGUCCUCGGUUUGGUUUGGUUUGCUUUCUUGUUCUGACUCUGGGGUUUUGUUGAGAUACAAAAGUAUCGUAAUGUUAGUUCUUUACAGGCCAAAGAAAAGUACACGCCCUCUGUUUAAAAUACCACAAG